GUUUGUUUUGUUUUCUCAGGCACUGAGCUGGACAUGAGUGGGAUGGCACCAGAUCACAACUCCUCCUCGCAGGAAGAAUACCUCCCGCACUACCUGCAGCAGGAAGACCCCUUCGCAUCAAAGCUGUCUAGAGAAGCUGACAUCGUAGCUGGGUUUUAUCUGACAGUAAUCGGGAUUCUUUCAACUCUGGGAAACGGGUACGUUCUCUUUAUGUCCUCAAAGCGAAAAAAGAAGUUGCGACCUGCCGAGAUAAUGACUGUUAAUUUAGCGGUGUGUGAUCUGGGCAUUUCAGUUGUAGGAAAACCCUUCAGUAUCAUUUCCUUCUUUUGUCACCGCUGGGUCUUCGGAUGGAUGGGCUGCCGCUGGUACGGAUGGGCCGGCUUCUUCUUUGGCUGUGGGAGCCUUAUUACCAUGACAGCUGUCAGUCUGGAUAGAUACCUAAAAAUCUGUCACCUGGCUUAUGGUACCUGGCUUAAGAGACACCAUGCUUUUAUCUGCCUGGCACUAAUCUGGGCCUAUGCAACGUUCUGGGCUACUGUGCCUUUUGCUGGUGUGGGAAGCUAUGCUCCGGAGCCGUUUGGGACCUCGUGCACUCUGGACUGGUGGCUGGCACAGGCUUCGGUGGCUGGGCAGGCUUUUAUUCUGAGCAUUCUUUUCUUUUGCCUCCUGUUUCCAACUGCAGUGAUUGUGUUUUCCUAUGUUAAAAUCAUUUUAAAAGUCAAGUCAUCCACCAAAGAGGUUGCUCACUACGACACCAGGAUCCAGAACAGCCACAUACUUGAAAUGAAGCUGACCAAGGUGGCAAUGUUGAUCUGUGCCGGAUUCCUCAUUGCCUGGAUCCCGUACGCUGUGGUCUCUGUGUGGUCAGCCUUUGGACAGCCUGAUUCUGUUCCCAUUCAGUUUUCGGUGGUACCAACUCUACUGGCCAAGUCGGCGGCCAUGUACAACCCAAUUAUUUACCAGGUCAUUGAUUGCAAAUUUGCCUGCUGCCGGUCAGGUGGGAUGAAGGCACUGCAGAAGAAGAACUCUCUGAAGGAAUCGAGGAUGUACACCAUAUCUGCACACAGAGAUUCAGCAGCACUGAGCGAAACCCAAGUGGAAGUAUGAAGGCUCGUUCUGCAGCGAGGGAAAACCUGCUGACAAACUGUCAUACUGUCACAAAUUCAUCUUCCUGGGAAUAAAUUAAAAUGCAAUGACAGUUCUGUUUUACUCCUCAGUCCUAUGUAGAAUGUAGUUCUUUCCAUCCUAACUAACACAGUGUGAUUAGGGCCGGGUAAGUACUUUAAUUAUUCAGAGGAAGAAGAAAGAGAGAAGAUUCAUUUGUAUAUAUAAAAAAAAAAUGGAUUCACUUCAGAGGCUUUGAAAUAUCACCUGUCCAGAUUACUAUAAUAAUAAUAAUUAUAAGCAAAUUACUAGCUCUGUAAAUAAUGACUUUGAUGUUUGUCCGUGGUUUCUUCUGGGGGGAAGUGAUCUGACAUGAAAUAAGUUAAUGGAAAAUCAGAAUCUCCCACACAGAUUUUUGCAGGCUGUAAUGUUAUGGGUAACCCAAUACAGCCCUUCGCUCACCCCCCGCCCACAAGACCCAGAUGUGAGCUGAGCUGAGCCAAAGUGUCAACAAAGCACAACAGCCCGUGUGCAGGACCAUGAGGGGAGCAUCACUCUGAAGGAAGAUUUCUUCGUUGUGUUUUCAGUAUUUCAGCCUUGUGAUAUUAAGGAUGUUCUUCAUUUUAUCUGUUAAGAUUAGAUUGAGUGAUCUUCAAUGAAAAUAGUGCUGUGAAGAAUAAUAGCCAUAAAUAUUAUGUAUCCUACGUGCAUAUUCAGACUGAGCUGCCAAGAAGCAAAGUAUUAUCUGAAUUUACUGUCACUGGCUUAAGGAAAUAAUGGACACAGGUUAAAACUCCAUUUAGGUAAUGAGCUGACCUAGACAGUAAGAUUGUCCCAGUGAGAAUAACCCACUACUUUGUAUUUUCAAGGUUACAGGCAGUGAAAUUGUGUGAAGCCUGUGGAUAUGAAGACUUUUAAUUUGGUCAUUACCAGUCAAAGCUGUAGAAUGCCUUGGAGCCUUCCUCCAUAGGCUUGGAAACUGUUGAUAACAUAGAAGUAAUGGUCAAGAUUUACACUGCUUGAAAAGUAUAGACGUUUGAAAGGGGUGAAUUAAGCAAACAUUUAUGACAAGAAAAGUUGAAAGAAGAGCACUAAAGAUGGAUGUUGUGGUUGUGAGCUUGAAGAUUUUACAGAACAUUUGUCCAUGCAGGUGAAUGUAGCUGCAGUAAGAUUUCUUUCUACGCCUGUAGUAAUACUGAGAGAAGAAACAACAACGGAGAUGUUGGGUGUUUUGUUUUUUGUUUGUUUUUGUUUGGUUGGUUUUUGUUUUGUUUUGCUUUGUUUGUUUGGAUAUUUAUGGCCCAGCCAGCAGAAGAGCUUCAGUUCUGUGACACCCAAAGGGAUGUUGCAUCUUCAUAUGAAGGGAAUAUCAUUAAUGAAUUGACAUGUGCAGUGUCAGUGAAUGGAAUUAUUUGGUGGAAGUUUUCUCCCGGAUGACAGUGUAAUGUCUCUAUGGACAACGUUCCACCUGCAGCGUGCAGGGUGGUCUUGGUUGUGAGAAUAGAUCUGAAUUGCUUUUAACCAAGCAGGCACCAAGUUAUCCCACAUUAUCCAUUUCUGCUUAUGAUUCCAACCCUUCCCACGAGGAAACUUCCAGACAAUUCAGUGUGCAUCCCUCAGUGAAUUUGCUGUGACAUCUUUUUAGCUACGUUUCCCAGCUCAGAGUGUU